AAGAAGAAGAAAGAAGCGGCGGCGGCGAGUUUUCGCGGCGGCUUCAGCUCCAGCCCUGCGACGGGAGGCCCCCAGCUGGAAGGAUGCCCCCUGCGCGCAACUCCAAGGGCUUGGCCAGCAAGCAGGCCCGUUCCGGCCGAGGAGCAGCGGUGGAAAAUGUGCAAGCGGACAAGGAGAUUUCUCAGGCGAAACGAUCCCCCUCAUCACCCCAGGGGGCACCCAGGAAGCGAUCGGCCUUUGGCGAUAUCACCAACGCUCACAAGGCCCAGGGCUUUGUGGGGAAGAAGGAGCCGGAGAAGAUGAUUCCCAAGAAGGCCUCCAAGGGAUCCACUGCGCUGAAUGUGGCCAAGAACAAUGAGACCAACCUGAAGAAGUCCCUGGACAAGGCACCCUCUGAGGACAGUCCAGCCAAGCUGAGCCAUCUGGCCAACAGAGGCCUCGGAGAGGAGCAGGUCGUCCCACUGGUAGUGCUGGUAGCACCAGCAGCCCAGGUGGCUCCGGCAGAGGACAUCGACCUGGGGCAGCUGGACGACCCGUAUGCCAAUGCCGAGUAUGCCAAGGACAUCUUCGAAUACAUGCGGGAGCGAGAGAAGAGCUUCCUGCUCCCAGACUACAUGAAGAGCCAGCCGGACAUCACCAUGGACAUGCGGGCCAUCCUGGUGGACUGGAUGGUGGAGGUGCAGGAGAACUUCGAGCUCACCCACGAGACCCUCUACCUGGCGGUCAAACUGAUGGAUCAUUACCUGGUUCAGGUGGCAGCCAUGAGGGACAAGCUGCAGUUGAUCGGCUCCACCGCCAUCCUUAUUGCCUCCAAGUUUGAGGAGCGCUGCCCUCCCUGCUUGGACGACUUCCUGUACAUCUGCGAUGAUGCCUACCAGCGGGAGGAGCUGCUGGCCAUGGAGAGGGGCAUUCUGCAGACCCUCCACUUCGACAUCAAUAUCCCCAUCGCCUACCGCUUCCUCCGGCGGUUUGCCAAGUGUGCCCGGGCUACAAUGGAGACGCUGACCCUGGCCCGUUUCAUCUGCGAGCUGACCCUGCAGGACUACGCCUUUGUGCAGGAGCGGGCUUCCCGCCUGGCUGCCAGCUGCCUCCUGCUGGCUCUCAGGAUGAAGAACCUCAGAGGAUGGAGCCCAACGCUGGAGUACUACAGUGGCUACCAGGUGCCAGACCUUCUCCCUCUGGUCAGGAGGCUCAACUUCCUGCUGACCUGCAGCCAGGACGAGCGGCUGAAGGCUGUGCGCAGCAAAUACUCCCACCGGGUCUUCUUUGAGGUAGCCAAGAUGGAGCCGGUGAGCAUGCAGGCGCUGGAGAACGCUCUGCAGAGCUAGCCCCGGUGCUGCGGGCGGGCUGCCUCCAGUCGGGGCGUGUCCUGCCCGGAAACUGGAUUCAACCUGCCCUGUAAAUAGAUGUUCAGUCUACGAAGCCUGUAAAUAAUUGUUUUUUUAAUGAUGAAGGGGAAAAAAGGAAAACUCUUAUGGGGGGGAUAUUGUGUAAAGAAAAGAACAAGCUUUCAAUAAAAGAAUGUGAGCGCAGCCCCACUCCCGUCUGCCUUCCAUGGGCACCUCAAGGGGCCCCCUUUGCUGGCCGGGCUCAGCUGCAGGGUUUCGCCCGGAGGGCGCCCGGAAACCACUAAGCAGCUGCCCAGCGGAGAAUUCACGCACACACGCACCCCCAGGGAAUGUGGGAGAGAAGACCCGACAUUAUUCCAGGAUCAAAUCCAUGUUGAGAUUUAUUUCGCAAACGUGACGCCUGAAAUUUGGAACCAGUCCUGGGCCGUUCCCCACUUUUCAGGACAGUGUUUCACAUACGCUUAUUUUCCCCACUUCCAUCCUGUGUAGGCGGGCAAACCCCUCCAAGUGGCCCCGGUCUCUGCCCCUCAUCAGGCUAUAGGGAAGAGCAGCUGAAAUGCACAGAGGGGGAUCAGGGGACACCUGAAAGACCCCCUUUCGCUAGGCUGGAGUGCGUAAGGCCCAAGUGACCCAGUCCCCAAAGGAUGCGCGGCUGGAGACAAACUCCAAUGGGAGGGGGGAGGAGAGCAGUGGGCCCAUUGCCCAUCUUCACGGGGGCAGAGACUCUACCUGGUGGUGAGGCUUUCUUGUGCUCCUGACUUCCUUUGUGGG